AUGCUCUUCUCCGCGAGGAAGAAGCGGUGGAAGAUCUCCGACAAGCUGGGCGACCCAAAGGGCGGCUUCGCGUACCUCGCGGCCGGCGCGGGCGGCAGCCGCCCCUCCGCGGCCGCUGGCUGGCGGGUCUUCGACGGCAAGGACGAGGGCUGCGGCCUGGACGGGCACGUCCGCUGCCGGCCCCUGCCGGAGGCGGCGGGGCAGCCCGCCACCUGCGCAGCGACAGACACAAAGCACAUCGAGGGGGCGGGCGGCCCUGGGAAGUACUAUCUGGCCGCCUGCGGCGGGCCCCGCCGCUCGGGGCCGAACCCCGUGCUGACUCGGCAGGCCCGCCUGGGCGUGCUGCGGGGCGGCCGCAUCAGAGCAACCCGACCAGGCCUCUGCAUCUCCCCUGCCCAGGAGAUCGAGGCCAUACGGUCAGGGCUGGGCACGCAGGCCUCCGGGUGCGCUGCGGCCCCCGUGCUCGCUCCUGCCAGCCUCGAGGGCGAGAACGGCGCCACCAGCACCGAGGCCGCCGAGCUGAAGCAGGCGAUGGACGAGAGCCAGCAGGCUGUGCAGACCGCCAACGAGCUGCGGGACAAGGAGGCGGAGGAAUUCACCAAGUUCGAGACGGACAUGACCCAGUCCAUCCCUAUGUUGGAGCAGGCCAUCGCGGUCCUGGGAGAGAUUGGUGCCGACCAGACGCUGGCCGACUCCCAGGCGCACGAGCAGUUCAUGGGGGGUUUCAAUUCCUCCUUGGUCGGCCUCGACAGCACCGUCAAGAAGGCCCUCGCCGCCGCCAGCGCGCUGGAGGCUCACGGCCGCCAGAUGCCGCAGAGGUGGAGCCGGCUCGCGGCGCUGCUGCAGGGCAAGGCACCACUGGGCACCACCUACGAGUCGCAGUCGGGUGAGAUAGUCGGCAUCUUGCGGCAGAUGAAGGAGACCUUCGAGGAUAACCUGCAGGAGGCAAAGGAUGCGGAGGCGGCGGCCGUGAAGGCGCACGAGGCGUUUGUGGAAACGAAAACGCAGGAGCUCCAGAAGCUGGAGAAGGCUUACAACGACGGCCAGGACGUCCUGGCGGAGAACGACGGUAGCCUCUCCGGCAAGAAAACGGAGCUCGAGGCGGAGGUCGAGGCCAAAGCCGACGCCGAGGACUUCCUGGUGAAGCUCGAGCCGAUGUGUUCCGAUAAGGCUAAGGAGUACGAGGAGCGCAAGCUCUUCCGCACCAACGAGCAGGCCGCCAUCUCCAAGGCGGUAGCUCUACUCAACAGCGACGCCGCGUUCAAGACGUUCGCUAAGGUGACGGCCACUGGCGGCGGCGGCUCGGCAGCCUCGCUGGUGCAGCUCGCCGCCCGCCGCCACGGGGCCGCCGCCGCCGGCGCCCGGAGGGCGUCCGCGGCGGCGGCCGCCUCGCGCGCGGAGGCCGAGGGGGUGCUGCUCGGGGCCGCCCGCGCCACGAAGUCUGUGCGGCUUGCCAGGGUCGCGGCCGCGCUCACCGCGGGCAACCCCUUCGUCAAGGUGCUCGCGGAGAUCGAGAACAUGAAGAAGCUGAUCGGGGAGGAGGCGGAGCUGGACCUGAAGCAGAAGACCUGGUGCGAGGGCGAGCAGAGCUCCAACGAGGAGGCGCUAACGGAGAAGCAGAGCGCGGUCGCCACCCUGAAGGACACCGAGAUCCCAGAGCUGGAGGAUAGCAUCAAUAAUCCCGAGACCGGCUUCAAGGCCAGCAUCUCCCAGAAGGAGGAGGCGCUGGAGCAGAACGCCGCCAGCAUGAAGGAGGAAACCAGCAUGCGCAAGUUGGAGAAUGCGGACUACCAGGUGCUGGCCAACAAUUGCGCAGAGGCCCGCGUACUUCUCGAGAAGGCCAUCGCGAUGCUGGAGAAGUACUACGCCGAAGUCUCGGAGGGUUUCCUACAGAAGCGCAAGGAGGACCCGGCACCGCCCGCGACGUGGGAGUCGGGCAAGUUGGGCACCGAGACCGAGGGCAACGCGGUCAUCACCCAGCUGAAGUUCAUCCUGACGCAGACAGAGACGGAGGAGCAGACCGCCCAUCAGACCGAGGCGGAUGCGCAGGCCGCCUACGAGACCAGUAUGGGCGAACUGAAGCAGACGGAGACUGACCUUCAGGAAGAGAUGGCGGGGCUGCACGAGCUUCUCGCGGAGGCGGAGGAGAACCUCAUCAAAAAGCGUGCGGAGCUCGAGCAGACCGAGCGCGAGGCGAUCGCCAUCGAACGCUACCUGGAGCAGAUAAAUCCGGGUUGCGAUUGGAUUAAGGCGAACUAUGACAAGCGCGAAGGCUUCCGCUCAGAGGAAACUGCCGCUCUCGACAAGGCCGUGGAGCUCAUCACAGCCACGCCCGCCUACGCGACUGCCAAGGCCAACGAGCAGUACGAGAAGUAUGGCGAGUGCAAGGACGUCUGCAUCGAGGAGGGCAUCGACCACGCGAAGUGCCUGGCGUGCAACGCCAAGGUCUCCGUGCCUGGCUACUGCGCCGGGCACGCGGGCACGCCGGGGUGCUGAGAGCCCUCGCGCGGAGGCCGGGUGGAGGGAGAUUCAGGGAGAUCUCGAAGCCCAUGCGUGAAUGCGGCGGGCGAGGCAGGGCGGAGUGUGCAGCCCAGAGCGCGGCGGGCGCCCCGAGAGUGUGGCGAGAGCCCCCCUGCGGCGCGCGGGGCGCGCCGAGCGCGCCCUGCGGCGCGCGGGCUCCGACGGGCAAGGCGUCCGCCGAGGGAGGUGCCGGGCGCGCGCA